AUGGACUACUCCUUUAGAUCAAAAGAAAGCAUUGAGGCGUCAUGAAUGAAACUGGAAAACAGUUUUUCCACAAGCCAAAGCGCUAAUCAAUCAAUUUCUGUAUCAGCUCGACCAAAUACUUCAGACUUUAUCCAAAAGCCUAAAAGCAGAUGCUCGAGAGAAAAAUUCCACCAUAACAGAAGUGCUAGCUUGCAAAAUCAGUCGAUGAAUACUAAACACUCUAGAGCAAGUUCUCAGGAUUAUCCUAUUAGUCACUCUCAUUCAAUCUCUUAUUCAACGUUUAUACCAAAAACUGAACAAUAUUCUAUCAACGGCUUGGAUGCUUAUCAAAUUCACAGAAUUUAUGUAGCGAAAUGCAAUGAUUUGAAAAUCCCAGUGCUUUUGGAUCAGGAAAAAAAUUUCUUCUCCUAUUGUCAUAUACAUUUUACUAACUCCGCCAACCCUCUGUAAAAACAAGGCCAUUGGAAAAUACCUAUUUUUCGACCAAAACCACCUCCUAGAACAAACAAAAAAUUCUUUUAAUAUAAAAAUUUUAUAAAAAAAUAUUUUGAUAUAUAAGUGAUAAUUAAUAUUAUGAUAUCUCUAGUAAUUUUUAAACAGCUUGCAUUCUAGAACAUAAAUUUUUAUAAAUUAAACCAAUCAAACAAUUUUUUUCAUAGAGCGGAGUAAAAGAAAAUUUGAGUUGAGUGAAUCAGGGAUAGGUCCGAAGGCUGCAAAAGCUAUUGGUGAAGUAAUUGAACAUAACAAAGAAUUCGCAUAUUUAGAACUAACUCCCCCCCCCCCUUUAAAUUGGAACUAAAAAUUUUGUUCCAAUUUAAAGGGGGGGGUUAAGAAAAUUUUUUUUUAAAAAAAAAAAAUCAUUUAAAAAAAAAAAAAAAUUUCAAAAAUUUAUCGAAUUAGAUUAAUAAAUUUGUUUAAUAAAAUGCUAUUUACUCUUUAUCCUUUAAAACAAAGCAAGAUAUAACUAAAAUUUUAUUAUUAAUUAAUACGCCACUAUUAAUUGGUAUCAAAACUAUUUACACAAAAAUUAUUAUUUUUUUUGAUAAAAAAAAAUUAAAAAGAAAAAAAAAUUUUAGAAAAUUUAUCGAUCAAAGUGCUAAUUUUGUUUAAAUAAGAUGUUAUUUAUACUCUAUUCUUUAAAAUAAAGCAAGAGAUAAGUAAAUUUUGAAUUUUUGUAAAGAAUUCGUAUUGAGUUUAUAUCAAAACUAUCCAAAUAAAAAAUAUCAUUUUUAUCAAAAAAAAUAAAUUUUUUUUUGAAAUUAUUUUAAAAACAAAAAAAAAUUAAAUUUUUUAAAAAUUUAAAUUAAGGAUAAUAAAUCUAUUUAAAUAAGAUGCUCUUUAUACUCUAUUCUUUAAACAAGAGUAGGAUACAACUAAAUUUUUAAUUUUAGUUAAGAAGAAACAUUAAAUUAUAUUAAAACUUUUUAGAUAAAAAAUUAUAUAUAAUUUUUUAUUAUAAAAUUAAAUUUUGUUCCAAUUUAAAGGGGGGUUAAUUUACCAAAAAAGUGGAAAUUUUACCUAUAUUUUGUUCCAAUUUAAAGGGGGGGGAGUAAGUAAAAACAUAAUGGGAGAUAAAGGAGCAAUUAUAUUAGCCAAAGCUUUAUGCAGAAAUACAGACUUAGUGCAUUUAGAUGUGAGCAGCAACGAUAUCACUCCUGAGGGUGCAUCAGCUCUAAUUAUGUUAGUUUUAAAGCACCCAAGCAUUGCAAGCUUAAAUAUAUCAUCACAUGAAGGGCUGCAUAGAAAUCGUCUUGGAAUUGUAGGUGCAAGCGCUAUCAGAAGGGUUUUAGAAAGCAGUAUGAUUAUUUCCUUUCUUAAUAUAGCAGGAACAUCAAUCGGACCAGAAGGACUUAUCAGUUUGAGCAAAGGACUGAAAAAUAGCAAAACACUUGUUUCUCUCAAUAUUGCAAAUAAUGGAAUAGGCUCGACAGGAAUUUCCAACCUAGCAGAAGCGAUUGCUUCAUCUUCCUUAAAAAUCCUCAAUAUUUCUCUCAAUAAAAUUGGUAACGAAGGCUGUGAUAUCAUUUCGAAUUUAUUAAUGGGUGAAUUUGAUGCUAUUUGCCCUUUAGAAACCCUUGAUUUAUCACAAAAUGAAAUUUCCACCCGAGGAGCUUUUAACCUAUUUACUGCAGCAACAGGGAAUAUUAUAUUGCAAACACUUAAUCUAGAAAAGAAUAAAUUCAGUUCAGGGCUAUCACCAGCGUUUCACCCAUUUGUCUGUGGAAAUACCAAAAUAAAAAUGCUGAAUUUAGCAUUUUGCCAAAUAAAAUCUGAAGGAAUUUGUACAGUUGGGGAUGGGCUGAUAAAGAACAAAACACUAACUCCCCCCCCCUUUAAAUUUGGAACAAAAUUUAAUUUUAUAAUAAAAAAUUAUAUAUAAUUUUUAUCUAAAAAGUUUUGAUAUAAUUUAAAUGUUUUCUUCUUAACUAAAAUUAAAAAUUUAUUUAUAUCUUGCUCUUUUUAAAGAAAAAAGUAUAAAGAGCAUCUUAUUUAAAUAAAUUGAUUAUCCUUAAUUGGUAAAUUUUAAAAAAACAUUAAUUUUUUUUUUUUAAAAAUUUUCAAAAAUAUUUUUGUUUUUUUUGAUAAAACGAUAUUUUUUAUUUGGAUAGUUUUGAUAUAAAUUCAAUAGGAAUUCUUUAUAAAAUUCAAAAUUUACUUAUCUCUUGCUUUAUUUUAAAGAAUAGAGUAUAAAUAACAUCUUAUUUAAACAAAAUUAGCACUUUGAUCGAUAAAUUUUCUAAAAUUUUUUUUUUUAAUUUUUUUUUAUCAAUAAAAAUAAUAAUUUUUGUGUAAAUAGUUUUGAUACCAAUUAAUAGUGGCGUAUUAACUAAUAAUAAAAAUUUAGUUAUAUCUUGCUUUUGUUUUAAAGGAUAAAGAGUAAAUAGCGUUUUAUUAAACAAAUUUAUUAAUCUAAUUCGAUAAGUUUUUGAAAUUUUUUUUUUUUUUAAAUUUUUAUAUUUUUUAUAAAAAAUUUUAUAUUGAUAUUUUUUUUAAAAAACAAAAUUAACCCCCCUUUAAAUUGGAACAAAAUUUUUAGUUCCAAUUUAAAGGUGGGGGGAGUAAGAAUUUUAAAUAUCAGCAACAAUGUGAUUGAUGAUAAUGGAGCUGAAGCAAUUUCUAUAGGCUUGCAUACAAAUAGAGGACUGAAAUUUUUGGAUUUAAGCAAUAAUUUUAUAAAAAAUAAAGGAGGUUUAGCAUUAGCACAAGCGCUAAAAAUGAAUCAGUGCUUAGAGCAGAUAAAUUUAAAGGGAAAUGGGCUGAAAGAUGACGCUGCACAACAAUUGAGCGAGAUUUCUAGAUUUCGCCCAAACUUAGUGAGACUCGUACUGGAUUUAAAUCCAGUGAGUUUUAAGUAUCUUAAUGAUAUAAAAGGACACAUGAAGCAUAAUGUUUCAGUCCAUCAAAAAUAUUUGGUUCCCAAAUUAAGGUCAAAAAUCAGUGAUAUUCAGUUUAACGAAAGCGAAUUUGAUACUAUCAGACGAAAAAUUGAGUCAAAAAUGAAAGAAAAAACAGAAAAUCAGCAAAAGUUGGAAAAACAAAAUGUGAGGUAUAUUGAAGUUAAAGAAAAUGAAGAAAAAAAAUAUUUACUCCCCCCCCCCUCCGUGAGCGAACAAAAAAAUUUUGUUCGCUCACGGAGGGGGGUUAAUUUUUUUUUUUAAAAAAAAUUUAUAUAUAAAUUUUAUAAAAAAAAUAUUUUUUUCGAAAUUUAAAAAAAUCCUAAUUUGCAAAAAUUGGGAAGCAAAUAUUAAUUUAAUUUGCAAAAUUUAUGUUUUAAAACGCAAUUUGUUUAAAAUUAAACAGAAUUAGCUCUAGAUUUCAUUAUACUAAUUAUCACUUAUAUAUCAAAAUUUUUUUCCAUUAAAAUUUUUUCUAUUAAAAAAAUUUUUGUUCACUCACGGAGGGUGGGUUUUUGGUCAAAAAAUGGCGAUUUUUCUAAUGGUUUUGUUCGCUCACGGAGGGGGGGGGGAGGGAGUUAGUAAUUCACGAAGAGUUUGAAAAAUUAUAUGAGCAAAGAAAAGAAUUAAGCAAGGCUAUUGAUGAGCUUGAGGGUGAAAUUAAGGUAAAGUCUUAUAUAGAAAACAAAAAUAAUCAGAGAAAGAGAAAUCAAGGAAUUAAGCGAUAAAAUUGCAUAUACUGUAUCAGAAGCUAAACAAUUAGAAAAACAAAAAACACAUAAGAGAGAACAAUUAGGGUUGCUAAGAAACCAGCAUACAAAUAUAAUAAAUGAUUUAAGAGCUAAGCUUGAAAAUGAGGAAUUAUUAAAAAGAAAUGCAGAGUCAACGAUUUAUUUUGCGAAGAAAAAGCUUGAUGAAAAAUCCAAGGAGCUUGCUAGGAUUAAAAAUACAGAAAACGAUAAAAAUAUUGAAGCAGCCAAAGAAGAGUAUGAAACAAAAAUACAAAAUGCAAUUUUUGAUCCAAAAGUGCCUCCUACAAAGCUGAAGCCAGUCAAAGCAUAA